AUGUCAACACCAUUAUUAGGUCCCAGUGAAAGAUCAGAAAGUAGAUCUAGAAAAAGAUCAAGACCAAAUUUAAAAAGAUUUGGAUCUCUAAAUCAUUCAAAACUAAUUUAUUCAGUUGAUGAUGAUGUAAAUGAAGAUGAUAAGGUACCCGAAGAUUAUGUUGAAGGCUAUAAUGAUGCUUUAAAAGAUUUACAAAGUCCUGAUAUACAAGAUAAUGAAUCAAUUCAUAGUAAUUCAACUUUGGAAUCAUUAAAUUUAAGAGAAAGACAAGAUGCUAUUAAUUCAACUCAUCCUUUUGGUAUAAAGAUUUGGAAACCUUCAUUAUAUAAAAAAACAAGAUCGGUUGCAACUAGAGCUGAUGAAGAUAUUCAUGAUUUUAGAAAACCUGCUCAUUCAAUAUUUUGGGGGGUAAAAUUAACAAAUUUAAUAUGGUGUUUAACUGCAGGUUUGUUUAUUUAUAUAAUUUGUUUAAUUGGUGCUGGAUUUGUAUUAUUAGCUGGUCUGAAACCUUACAGUAGUGCACUUUAUAGAUUAGGUGGUUAUUGGUUAUAUCCAUUUGGAAAAUUUGUUUUAUUAACAAAAGAUAAAAAUUAUUUAAAUGAAGAUCAAUUAGAAGGUAGAACUAUAAAUGAAUUUCAUCAGUGGAGACAACAAGAAGAAGGAAGGUUAUUUUUUGCUCCUCCAAGAAGGUAUACAAGCGAUACUACCCCAUUAAUGAAAGAUCAUAAAGGUAGACCUCUAAGAGAUGCAUAUCAAGUUGAUGAAGAAGUUGAAGAUGUAGAUAUCAAAGUAAGAUUUUUUGGUAGAGGUAAUUGGACAUUAGGUAGAAUAAUAUUUUAUAUUUAUUUUUAUUUAGUAUUGCAACCAAUUUCGUAUAUUGUUGGAUUUAUAUGUUGGUUAAUUGUUUUUACUAUACCAAUGUCAAAUAUUACAUUAACAUUGAAUAGUCAUUUGAGAAGACAUCCGUUAGCUUUGGAUUAUAUAUUGGAAAAAGAAUAUUAUAAACAACCAAGGAAAAAGAAUCAAAUGAUAUUGCUAUGUACUUAUAGAUGUUGUGGAUUUCAUUAUUAUAAAUACACCAUUGAUGGGACAAACAUUUUCUUUAUCAAUUUAUUAUCAGUUGUUUUAUUUGUGAUACUAGAUUAUUUUUUGAUAAAGGAAUAUCUUGGAAUCGAAGUUUUGUUAACUAAUUCAACAGUUAUAUUUUGUCUUUGUUUGUUUUCAAUAAUUCCAUUGGCUUAUUUUAUUGGUCAAGCUGUUGCAUCUAUAUCAGCACAAUCUUCAAUGGGUGUUGGUGCUGUAAUUAAUGCUUUUUUCUCAACCAUUGUUGAAAUUUUUCUUUAUUGUGUUGCAUUAAACCAAUCAAAGGGUAAAUUAGUUGAAGGUUCGAUGAUUGGUAGUAUACUUGGUGGUGUUUUAUUACUUCCUGGAUUAUCAAUGAUUGGUGGUGCCAUUAAUAGAAAAACUCAAAGAUAUAAUCCAAGAUCAGCUGGUGUUUCAUCAACAAUGUUAUUAUACGCUAUGGUUAUAAUGUUUGCACCAUCAUUAUUUUAUCAAAUUUACGGUGCUUAUGAAAUCAAAUGUAAAAAAUGUGUAAUUGGUUUAGAUGAUGAUGAUUGUACAAAAUGUAGAUUUAUUCAACCUUCAUUUACAUUAGAUCAAUUAUAUUAUAAAGUGUUAAAACCAUUUUCGUUAAUUGUUGCAAUUGCAUUAUUCGCAGCUUAUGUAUGUGGAUUAUUUUUUACAUUACGUACUCAUGCAAGUUUAAUUUGGGCAACAAAUUCUCAUGAAAUUAGAAAUGAAACUGGAACACCAACAACACCAAGAAUAAAUCCACAAGAUGAACAACCUAGUCAUGAUGCUCCAAAUUGGUCAAGAUCAAAAUCAACAAUAAUUUUAUUAGGUGCAACUUUAUUAUAUGCUAUAAUUGCAGAAAUUUUAGUUGAUAAUGUUGAUUCAAUACUUAAAGAUUUCCCAAUAAAUCCUAAAUUCUUAGGAUUAACUGUAUUUGCAUUGGUUCCCAAUACAACUGAAUUUUUAAAUGCUAUUUCAUUUGCUGUUGGAGGUAAUGUUGCAUUAUCAAUGGAAAUUGGUUCUGCUUAUGCUUUACAAGUGGUACUUAUACAAAUUCCAUGUUUGGUUAUUUAUUCAAUUUUGAAACAAUUUGUAUCAGUUGAUAUGAUAUUUUCAUUAGUAUUUCCAAGAUGGGAUAUAAUUGCUACAUUGAUUUCAAUAUAUUUAUUUACUUAUAUUUAUGCAGAGGGAAAAUCAAACUAUUUUAAAGGAGUGAUUUUAAUAUUAAUUUAUUUCGUGGUACUUAUUGGGUUUUGGUUUAAUGAUAUUAUUGAGACAUUGGAUGAUGGUUAUGAACUUAAACCAUAA